GUAAGUCUGGUAUGUACUUCCGCUUCACUCUACUGUCGAGUGUUGUCGAGAACGUCACUUCAUUCUACAAGAUAUUUUCGAGUUCUUACUCUUUACAUAAUCUUACCUAAUAUUUACUUAAACUCAUCGACAGUAGCCAUGAGUCGUUCAACAAUGAAGCCCAACAGCGUUGGUGUCGUCGGUUUGCUUUGUCCUCUCACGGUUCAAAAUGGAGUCGUGAACAACAAGGUCCGUAUGGAAGACAUCGGAGCGCCCUCUGCAACCGAAAAUAAACUGGAUGAUUGUACUAAUGAAGUGGAUAAAGUUGGUUCACCCAGAGUUUCACUACCUGUGAGAAAAGGCUUAGGGUUUGAUAGUGGUUUUCACAGUUCGGAUGACGAUGGAUCUUUACCCACAUCUCCAGAUUCUCAGCCAUGUCAUGUAUUCCCUACGGAGGACACGGAACUCCAUCGAGAAACAAGAGAAUUAAUCUUGGAGUUUUACCGGAAUUAUACAGGGCUCUCGGGACCAGAACGGUGUCGACAUAAAGCCAUGGGAACUAUGAGAAAAGUCGUCCAUCAAGUCUUACUAAAGCAUGAGAUCGCAUUCAAAGGUAUGAUGAAGAGGGUAGAUCUGGACCACAUUGAUGAUGGUGUGUCAUUUGUGAGAAGCGUGGCUGAGAACACAUUCAAAGAUGGCGUCACAAACUGGGGUCGCAUCGCCACCUUGGUGGCCUUCGGGGCCACGCUCAGUGAACACAUGAAAGGGGCCGGACGACCAGAAUGCGUGGAGACUGUAGCUAACGAGAUUUCCUCAUACCUGGCCACCCAGAAGUAUGACUGGCUCUUCAAUAACAAUGGAUGGCAUGGGUUCGUGAAUUUUUUCCAUGUGGAUGACCCGGAGGUUGCGGUGAGAAACACACUCAUGGUGUUUGCAGGUCUCGCCGGCCUCGGAGCUGGACUGGCCUUCCUGAUAAGGUGAAAGGGACUUUUUCCAUCCUCCUCACCUCUCCAUCCUGGCCAAUCACAGCACAGAGUUGAGGCCGGUGUAGAAAUGCUGGGAUCACAAGGCAAGCAAAUGAAUGAAUGAAGAUCGUAUAUACACUUUAACCAUCAAAGAUGUGGCAGUGGGUUUGAUGUCUGCCUGUCUUCUGGCCUCUGUGAAGUCAGGGGCAGGUUUGUUUGCACUCUAUGAGGUGUCUGAACCCCCCCCCCAUGUGUCGGCACACCCAGUUACAGCGCUCUCUCUGUGCCUCAGGUCGUAGUUACCCGGAAGAUGGCUUCUGCGGUAGUCGAGCUGGCCCCAGUGGAAUCAAACUCUUUUGUGGCGUUUGACUUUUUGCUGUUUUUGUCAGUAGUGAAAUUAUUUUUAUAUGUAAUGUAAAGUUCCAGAAUCUAUUCAAAGUUUAGUGUGUUAUCUCAUCCCUCCAAACCCCACCAAAUCUCUACAGUUGCAGCCAUCUCUAAUGGAUAGCCUGGUGUUAGUUUCGUGCGAGGCACAGACUUCUGUGUUUGUUCCUGGCUGAGUCACAAAAGGCUGUUCUGUAUAAUCUUUCAGCAGCACACAUGCUCAAGUCUAUAUAAGUACUGAGGUGAGAAACACAAGUCUGAUUCAUUUAAGGUUGCUGUACACUGUUUAUUUUAUUUAUGAUUCUGAUUAUGCGCCUUAAAUCAGAUGGUAGAUUGUAAAAAAAAAUACAAAGAAACUCACAAAGAUCAAUAAAUGAAUAUAUAUAUAUAUCUAUAUAUAUAUAUAGAUAUAAAUAUUUAUAUUUUCAGUAAAAUAAAAAAAACUUUAUUUUGUGGAAGAAUUGUUGUCUGGUGUUUUCGUCAUUCACUUUGCUGUGGUUAAGGAACUUGGUUUAGAAGCGGUUUAGACCAGCAGGAUGAAAAUGGUACGCCUCCCUGUCCAGUCCUGCUUGGUGACUCAGAUUCCAGAAAUGUUCCAUGUGUGUGAAAGGGCACUCCUCGUGAGUGCCACGUUUACAUUGUGGUUAUUGGUCAAUGGUCUUGUCUCAGAUUCACACAGGUAUGAAAUUACGGAAACUGAAAUGUUAUCUCUGGUUAUUUCAGAACAAUACAAAAUGUCAUUGUGUAAAACUAGGAGGUUUUUUUUUUUUUCUAGAAAAGUCUGUCAUCACAAAAUUAUCCUGGUAAAUGUGGAAUUCUUCAUUAAUGUAAAGGCUAUUGCGCAGAAGUUGUGGCAAAAUGUUUGUGGUAACCUCUGUAUGCUCGUGUGAGUAUGUGGAGUUUGUGGAAUGCAUGAGCGACGCCUGGGAGUUUCAUUACAGAUAAAACUUUAACAUGGCUGCUGGCGGGGGAAGUGCCAAAUCCAUGGCCGACACCCCCAACCGAUGAGGAAAGGCCAAUCAUCACAUCAUCUCAGACGAGUCUUCUGCUUCUGUAAACACACAUGAGAAGGUCUGGAGAAAGGUUUGGUGAUGCCUAAUUCCUUGAAGUACACAUCAUAGUCAUGAAGGUCUUCCUGUUCACUUUUUCCACUGGAGGUGGUGCUAGCCUAGACAAGGCCUUAUGACUAUACCUGUAGCUUCUCUAGCAAGCUCUGUGUUUACUGUUUAAGGUGUUGCCACAGCAACACAUUUUAGGGGGGGGGCACAGAUGGUGGCGGCGGCUGCUCCUCGAAAACCUCAAACGGUUACUAAGGCAAACGUUAAAGCUUCACGCAGCAGACAAUGCUCUCUGGCUCUGCAGCCCACUUCCUGUAACUAUGAUGCACCCGUUCCUGCGCUCUUUUUGUCUCUGACCCACAAACCGCUGUUUGCAAAACUGUUGAGGUUGAUGUUUUCGCAAUUCUCAGAAGCCUGUAGAGUGUGAACCGAAACAGACACCCAAGACCUUUCAGUAGUUAUGUAACCUACUUCUGUUUUUUUUUUUUUGUUUUGUUUUUUUCUCAUACAUCACCAUGGCUGGUUUUUUCCUCUCUUACCCCAUUAUCUACGUCAACAUGAAGUGUUACAUUUCUUGAUUGUUUUGGUGGACGUUCACCCACUGUAGUACUCUGAAAUGCCCACCACAAUCACUUGAACCAUGUUUGUAGGCCAUGUAUAACUUAGACCACUUAUAAUAGUGGUAUAUAUAAUACUUAUAAUGGCUUAUAACAAGACCAAAAUUAAUAUUAGCAUAUGUAUUUUACAUAUUUACAAAUUAAGUGCCUUGCAUGUUGAUCAUUUGCGUUUAGUGAUGUAGAUCUAACAACAAAAGUUUGUUCUUCACAUAACAGUUCCACAAAUCUGUUUUCCUCCUCUGCAUUGUGAAAUAUCUUUACUGAGCUUAGUAGGGGGUCUGCUUUUAUUAUACAAUGUUAAAUGCUGUCGAUUAGAUUGGUUGAUGUGGCAUUGCUGGUACUUGUGUGCAUGGUUAAAUAUAGCAUCCUGAAAUGUACAUGUAAAUAUCAUGGUAUAGAUUUGUUACUGUUAUUGGAUGCUGUUACUGAAAUGUAUAACCUCUAGACGUUCAGAAAAAGACAUGUAAAACCAUCUGAUCUGCUUCCAUUUUGUGUUGCUGGCACUGGUAAUUGUGGCGUUGUAAAAUAAUUCUGCUUUUUAAUGAACUUAUGAGUCAAAUUCCCUGUUUUACUGUGUAGGAAGUGUCAUUUAAAAUGACUCACUGGUUAAAUAAUGUUUAACAAAUUAUUUUUAAGUCAUAGUUGACUUUACAAGCCAGACUGAGACAUGCUACCAAUUUGAGUUGAUCUUAUCUGGCUAUAGAGUAAACAUUGAUGUGAUGGUCUCACCAGAUGGAACAGUGGGUUUCUCGCAACAGCAGCAAACGCAAAUACAUAAUCUUUAGUAUUACCUGUGACGCAACGUUUUUACAGAAGUUGGGUCUUAUUGGCAUUGUUUGUUUUCGGGAGUUUACAAUUAGCAAGAAAACUGUUGACCAAUUCUUCUGGUCUUCCCAGUACUAGAUCAGGAUUAGCCAUUUCCCCUAAGGCAAGAUGACAUUCAACCACAAACAUUCAACACAAUGAAUAUACCUGCUACAGUUGUGGACUCACAUUUAGUAUGAAAAGUAGUUGCACUUUAUGCUGUCAUACAGCUGUUUGCCUGGCAACAUCCACAUUGCUCUGGGAAAAACAUGAAGGGUGGUGCCCCCUUACUGGGGAACCAAAACAAAUGAGUCAAACGCUUGGGUUUCCCACAGUCAAAUGGCAGUCACACUUCAUCACUCCAUCGUCCCACAGUCUAACUCUUGACGCUACAGCCUACAUUCGCAGGUCUCCACAAUUUCCUGUUUCAGAAACACCACUCUGGCUAAGACAAUGGUGUAUUUUAGUUUUCUGACUCCUUACAUAACCUCAUCAGCCAACCCAAUGGGGAAGUGCAGACAGGUUAGCAGUAUGGCACUGGGGAUUUUUUUUUUUGGGGUGGAGGAGGGUUUAUUUUCAAAUGUGUGUAGAUGAGGUACCCCCUCCCUUCUCUGAAAGGGUGUUUUUGCACAUCACUAACCAUUUGGAAACACAAAUAUUCUCUCAGUUUUAGGUUUAAAGUGUUGUGCCCCCAUUUCACACUCGGUAACCUAUAAUUUGUUAACUAUUCCAGAUGGACUAUUACUGUUGUGAUUGUCUUGGAACUAAAGAAAAUAGACUGGCUGACUCAAUGCUUUUGCCCUGUGAAUCUAUAGCCUAAGCAGAACUACUCCAGGAAGAUUUGUGUUCAAAGGUCAUUUCAAAGGGUUUCAAAUGAUCAUUUCAGUUUUUUUUUUUUUUUUUUUUUUUUUUUUUUUUUUAAUACUUUUUUUGUAAACAUAAGGAACAUCAGACACUAACUAACUUUCAUUUAGAACGGUAAAUGUUACUGAUCUCUAGAGUCGUUCUUUAGAGAUCAGUGAGUAAAUGUACGGAGUAUUUCCUGGUACAUUAUGAUUGGUCUAUGCUCUUUCUGCCUGCGCCCUAGCAACAGCAUGCCCCAGAGGCUUUAAAAAGCAACAGAAAGCCAGUUUCUCAGAAGUCAGCUGACCAAAUUCUCUGAUAGUCACAUGACCAAAGUUAAAGAGAAGUUGAAAGAUUGUGAUGUUUACAAGAAAACUUUACCGAUAUGACUAUUUGUCAUGACUACCAAUGUUUUCUCAAAUACUCAGUAAUUUCAUUAGAAAUGUAGCCUUGGUAAAACUUCCCUUAUUAUACUGCAUACUAAAUUAUACCAAUUAUACUAAAUAUAAUUUAUAACCACAUGUAUACCUUUCAGUAUAUUUUAUGAAUACAUAUGUAAAUGACAUACAAAUCUACAAAUGCAGCUGGUGUUAUUUCUGGCCUAUCUUUACAGAGUCCCUCAUUGUGUUGUGCUGUGGAAAAAGUAAGCCUAUAAGGAGGAAGAGGAAGCAAUGUGCUGAGCGCUUGUAUUUGAUCAAGGUAAUAUCAGCCAUGUCUAUGCUUUGGCACGUCUAUAAUUUCUGUUCUUUUUCGCAUCAGUCGUUCUGUCUCAGGACACAGAGAAACUACAAUGGCCUACUAUAAGAAUGGGUGCCCUUUUAUAUUAUAACAAAGUUAUAGCCAUACUAAAACCUAGUUCCAGAUGACUCCAGCUUAUGCACCUUUUCGGCAAAAGUAUAGUUAAUGUUCCACAUAGACUUCAAUUAAUGUAUUGGCUUGUUCUAAUUUAUUCAUACACACACACACUGACUUCUCUGCAGACUGUCAAACAGUUUCAUAUUGUGACAGCCAGUGAACUUCGAAGCAUGGCACCCUUUCCUGUUUGAACUUGAAGAAUGUAAUUUGUAGUCAACUCUACACAGAUGUCAAUUAGGCAAUUUAUUAUUGCAUACAUUUAUUCUUAUGUCGGGUCAACUACUUUUGCUGUUUUCAUACAGUGCAUAUGUAUGGUAUUGCGAUUUCAAAAUGUUUCAGUUUUGGUUUAAAUCUAAAAAGGACCUGUGCCUGGAAUGCACCACAAGAUGUGUUUACAGGAACUACUUUUUGGUAUCAUCAAAUUAAUUUUUGACGCUAUACGGAAAUCUGAAGGAAGGAUCAUUCCUAAUAGCUGUCCAGGUUAUAUGCACUGUGUAAGUCAGCCUGUUGUCCAGGACUUGCCUUUGUGGCUGGUUUUAGACCAAAACUCUUUUCUGUUGGUUUAAAGUAACACGUUUAAAAAGGUAGUCACCCACGUAGUGCAAGCAUUGCUGGUUGCAGUGCAAAUUGCUGUGCCCAACUUGCUUUUCUUUGGUGUGUGUGUGUGUGUGUGCCUUUGUGCAUGCAUGGACACUUAAGGAUGGUGUGGGUCCUGGAAUACUCUCCCCAGCUAGCAAGACUCCUUAAGGUAAGCCCUUGCUUUCUGAAACAGUUUUCUUUUCAGUUUUAAUAUACUGUAGUGUACACGUUUGUUUCAUUCCUCAGAGUGCCUGUCCAUUAGUCAGCUCCACAGUGCCACCUCUUGGAUGCUUUUGAGAUAACAUGUUAUAAUAAACCUUUUUUUUUCUUCUUUGACUGAACCAGUGUUUGAGUUUAUUUGAGGUCAGCCCUCAUCAACCCUUUCUGUAUGUAUUUUCCCAAUAAAUAAGUGGCUGUGA